UUAGUCGGUGGUUCGCAGCCGUCUUGUCCGCGUCUGUCGCCGCCGCCUCCGGCCCCGGCCCUCAGUUGAUUUCUUAGGGGUGAAAAGUAGGUGAUCUGCUUCAGGUCUUAAGAUGUCCUUGAAGAGUGAAGUGGAAGAUGGUGGUGUGUUAGCACCAAAGAGAUUAUCCUUAUUAGAAAAUGAGGCGGUUCGAUUUGAAGAAAAUUACCUAGAGCUGAGCAGAUUCUUUCCCAGGGUUUUACAGCACAUGAGCAGGAGGAAUGGCUUUACCAGACUCUGUAACAGUAAAAAGUCACUGACGGAAGACAAAUGGAACACCUAUUGCAUGUCUUCACUGGUUGCCCAGAAGAUUUGUACAAACCGCUUCAGCAUCAUGUCCCAUGCACAACAUCCUGAACUGUCCACUUCCAUAUUUAACUCCUUACUGGCUAACUUGCCUUCGGGGUCAUCCAAACAGUCUCUGUCCUCAUGUGUGUGUGCCCCAAAUAAAGCCAUAUUCAUAGUGGAAUUGAGGACAAUGAAGAUCCUUCUUGUCAACGACCAAGCUUGUGAGCUGCUUGGCUAUUGCAGUCAAGAUCUGAUUGGUCAGAAGUUGCCACUGUUCUUUUCUAAAUCCAGCACUUCCAUAGUAGAGGCAUUACUUAAGGAGUCUGGUGAGACGGAUGGACAAAAUGUCAUCGCUUAUGGAACGGUGGUGGACAUCGUCAGCUCCAACAAGGAGAAGAUUCCUGUCUCCAUCUGGUUGAAGAAUCUGGAGCACGACAGCUCCUCUUGCUGCUUAGUCGUGUUGCUGGAGCCCGUGGAAAGAUUCACCGCUGAGAUCUUUUUCCACAGAGACGGUAAUGUCAUAUCGUGUGACAGUCCUUUUGCUCAAUUGUUUGGCUUCUCCUCCGUGGAAGAAGUGAGUGGGAAUAAGAUCCUGGACCUGAUUCCUUCUCUGCAGAUGCCGCCCCCGGGCCAGCGAAUCACAGAGGCCCUCCGGAUCCAGAGGCUGACGGGGAGAAGCAAGAAUGGCAGCACCUUCCCUCUGAGCUUGAAGCUGACCAUGCAGCAGCAGAGCAUGCCAAUGGGCAAGGGUCGGGUCUUCAUCUUCUCGGCUUCCCUGUGGAUCUUCACCACCAUCAGCGGCCUGAUCACCCUUCUCCCCGAUGGAACCAUCUUUGGCAUAAACCACAACUUUGCUCUGAUGCUGUGUGGUUAUGAAAAGGUAGAAUUGCAGGGAAAGAACAUCACAUUUCUGAUACCUGAAUUCUUCAACUAUAUGGACCUGGUAGAAAGUAGCGCCGUGUCAUCUAUCAGUACUCUUAACUCCGUGGAAGACAGAACUGAGAAGGGGACAGAAAGCAGGAGUCGAGCAAGCAGUAUUGCUAAAGAUGAACUUGAGCAAAUUGUGGAGGAUCAGGAAUUAGCAGGAUCCUCAAGACGCCCCAGUAAGAAUAUAAGCUUCAUUGAUGAGAAGACCUCAUUACCUCUUAUUACACCCCCUGCAAAAACACUAGGUAAGGGUAGAGGCGCUAUGAGAAAGAAACGGCCCUCGAAUGCUGGAAUUCCUCAGGAAGUACCUGCAGAGAAGGGAAAGGCACAGAGCCCCAAAGUCCCACCUGGCAUCUUAAAAAAAGAACAAACCGACUCGUCUAAAAAAGACCCUGCAAAACAGUUGACACCACGGAGUGCAGCUACUUUGUCGGGGAAAUCCAGCUCUCAACUAAAGGUCUCAGGAAAAGCUGAUGGAACACGUUCUUUGCUUGCUUCUGCUUCAAGAGAAAGUGACUUCUCAGCGACCUCAAUUAUUAGAGAAGUCUCAGAUGAUGACUUAAUCUCCUUUGGUUAUGUUGGUAGCACUUACUUAGAGCCCCAGCUUUCACCUUCCUUCAGUGUGAAGGGGCAGAAGGAUGCCUCAGAGGGCAGCCAGAUAGAAACACUUGCAGAGGACACUUUUUUUACCUUUACAAUUCCAAACUUUGUGGAGACCUCCGAAGAACAGCAAAUGGAUGUUCAAACAACCUCCACCCCGAUGAAAAAGUUAUCUAAUGUUAACUUUCAAAUGGAGAUCCUGGAAGGCACUUACACUGGAUACUGUAAUCACAAAGAUGGGGGCAACCUCCGUAUACAUUAUGAAAUAAAGCACGUGGAGUUAAAUAAUGCAGAUUUGUUUUGCUGUUGGGUGGUGAAAGACUUCUUCCAAAACCAUCACUCGGCAGGAAGGGGCCAGUAUUUAUUUUCCAACUUGGGUGCUUCAACUCACUCCUUAAUCGAUUCCAAGAUCACCAUUGAAGAAGAGCAAAAACCAAAAGACUUUUUGGAUGAAUCUUCCCUGAUUAAAGACUUAGAGAUUCUGAGGGCUUAUGAGGGAGAAUAUGGAAGCCGUUACAUCACCCAGAGGCCCAUCGGCAGUGGCGCUUUUGGCUUUGUUUGGAUUGCUAAGCAUAAGCAAAGUAACAGGGAGGUUGUGGUAAAGUUUAUUAGGAAGGAGAAGGUGUUGGAGGAUUGUUGGGUGGUCGAUUCAGAAUUGGGAAAAGUGACUCAAGAGAUCGCCAUUCUCUGGCGGAUGCGACAUCCCAACAUCAUUAAGGUGUUAGACGUGUUUGAAAAUGAAGGGUUUUUCCAGCUCGUGAUGGAGAAACAUGGGUCUGGGAUGGAUCUCUUCACCUUCAUCGACAGCCACCCCAGUAUGGACGAGGCCCUGGCAAGCUACAUCUUCAGACAAGUGGUGUCGGCAGUAACGUACCUUCGAUCCAAAAACAUCAUCCACAGGGACAUCAAGGAUGAAAACAUCAUCAUCGCGGAAGACUUCUCCGUGAAGCUGGUGGAUUUUGGCUCAGCUGUUUACAUGGAACCUGGCAAAUACUUUUACACCUUCUGUGGCACCAUCGAGUACUGCUCCCCCGAAGUCCUCAUGGGACACGCCUACCACGGACCAGAACUGGAGAUGUGGUCCCUUGGGGUGACCCUCUACACUCUCAUGUUUGAAGAGAACCCUUUCAGUGAGUUGGACGAGGCUCUGGAGGCGGCACUGCACCCCCCCUUUAAAGUCUCAGCGGACCUUUUGGACCUUCUCUCUGGGCUCCUGCAGCCCAAACCAGAGGAGCGCAUGACCUUGAACAUGCUGAUCGUCCAUCCUUGGGUGACCCAGCCUGUGCACAUCACUGACUAUGUCUGGGAGGAGGUGUAUCACUUACAUAACAUAUCAGAGGAGAAUAUUCAUUCACCCUGGAAGAGAGAAGAGAGACUGAAGGAAACGGAUUCCUAGUGGCUGAAGCAGCCCGAGAAUGUGUUCUUCAAAGAUGAAGCCGAGCCGCCUCCAAGAAUGCACAAGCCCAUGUCUUUGAAGUCUGUUACUUUUUGUAAGAGAAAAUAAUUAAAAUUCGUUAAACUGAACAGUAGAAA